GAUGGUGCGAGCGGAGACUGGUGCUUGCAUUCCCAGCUGGACAAGUUGGACAGAGUCUGAAGGUGAGCCCGGCCGGCUUUAAUUCUCCAUAAAUGCCUCAAAAAGCAAAAUAACAUUUGGAUCAAAGAAAGACAAGAAUUGAAGCCGCUUGUUGUGGAUUUUGAUCGUUCAGGUCCAACAUUUGAAGGCUGUGGCGGAAUCAGUGGCUGUGAAAUUGCGCAACCAUCGACAGCAUGGCAAACUGGCUGGUGGACAACAGGGACAAGAUUGAGAAAGGGGUGAACAUCAUUGGGGAAGCGUCAGAGGUCCUGGCCGCCACGGUGGGCCAGCUGCACCCCAUCCUGGAGGCCAUUUUCAAGUUCUCGGCCGAGAUCCUCAGCAACCCGGAGGGCAAGGAGGCUGUCUACUUGAGGCAGAAGAUUGAGCAGGUCAACCAGAAGCUGGUGAGCAUCCAGAGCGACAUGGAACAGAUCGCCCUGGAGCUGCAGAGGACGUCCAUGAACAAGCAGAACUUCGACCGUGAGGCGCACAUACUGGGCCAGUACGAAAUGUUCCAGGAGUUCAUCAAUGCCAAGCCCAGCAUGAAGGAGAAGAAGAAGGAGAAGUUCAUCAAGUAUUACGAGGUCACGGAGGCCGACUUGAACUUGGACGCCCUCUACAACGCCGUCACGGGGGAGAACACGGCCGGCAACCCCAUGCUGGACACGGUGGUUGACACGGAGCAGAGGAGCCGCAGGGCGGUGGAGGACUUCUGCGCUCGGCUCAAGAAGCUCUUUAUAAUGGGCCUCAUCGCCGUCAUGGGCUACGCCGGCCUCCGAGAAGGCGUGGUGGAAACGGGCCUGACGACCAAGUGGCACGAGCGGAUGAAGGAUGUGGAGAAGCGCAUGAAAGCGGCCGUGGACCACUGCACGGAGACCUUCGUGGACCAGGCCAAGCUGGACCUGGAGAAAGCAUUCAAGGAGAAGGCCUUCUGUGCGGCCAGCGAGGACUUGACGCGUUUGGUGCUCUCUACGCUGGUCGAGAAGUACGACUGGGUCAACUGGUCGGUGCGCGCCUUCAACAGGCGCGAGCGCAUCUUCUUCUACAACUGGCUGGCGGGAUGCAAGUGCCACGGCAGCGGCGGGGCCAACUGGUUCAAGCUGACCAUAGACAACAAGGUCAAGGUGGUGGUGUCCUUCUGCGUGGACCCGUCGCCCAUCGACAAGACUCGCAUCUACGAGCAGAUCGAGCAGCAGCGGCUGAAGGGCAACAUGAGGGCUGUGGCCCUGACGCUCAACCGCUGCUUCCCUGACUACCUGGUGCACGCUGUCAGCCACUACAAGGAGGUGGUGGAGUCCAACAACUUCAACGUGGAGUGCUACUACUACGCCAGGCAGAAGCGGGCCUUCCUCUGCAUCCACCCGCAGUAGAGCCGUGCUGAUGUGAUGGAAUAUCUGAACUGGCAGGGGCACAUAUGAUGGAAAAUGCACAUUUUAUUUGUCGACUCAGUGUUUGUUGCCGUAUGGAUUUCUUCUUUUCUUUUUGGGUAGAGAAUGUGGUCCACUUUUUUGGUUUUUCACAAAUGCAUAUGAACAAGUGUCAGAUUGCCGAUAAGCGCAAGCAAAAAGAUGGCGCUGGUCGGCUUCACCGUGUCGGCAAAGAUGAGCAUGUUUGAGCUUUGCAAAAGUAACUGAGCAGCAGCGAGCCAGGCGGCCUGUUUGCGUAAACGCUCCCGUUGCGGAAGACGGAGAUGAAGACACAUUGUAACUGAUUUUUAUUUUUGGCAACAAUCUGACGUGCUUGUAUCACUGUGAUGUUUGUUCUCUUGUCAAUGUUCUAAAUGUUGCCUUUUUGUCUUUUUGCAGGUCCAUGUUUUGAAAUUGGCAAAAAAAGAGUGUAAUGUACAGAAUCUGCAUGAAAAUAAAUGCACGUUAAAAAUAUUUCUAAUUUGUCAUUUGAUUUUCAAGAGCAAAAUGUUGGAUGGUGACGACUCUUUGGACAUGCGUCUUUCAGGCUUCAGCUAUCAUGUGCUUUCAGACCAGCCUUCUCUGUUUGCUGUGUCAACAUUACUCGUGUCCGUUUCUUACCUAAAGACAUUUAGUGUAGCGUUUCCUAUUUUUCAUACAUGCCCACAAGACAGGGAGGGGCUGCUUGCUAAACCAUGAAGGUCAGCUAUCGGACAUCUCCUGAAAUGAAGCCCCCAAACGACAUUAAGAUUGUUUACUGUUUGGAGAAAUUCAGGGAGGACACCCUUGUCCUUUUUUAUUUGUUGGUAGUAGAAACACACAGCUGGUUUACAACCAGGCCUAAGAAUUCAAAACUAAAAAAAACUAAAUGUGCCCGGGGCCUUAAAUAGGCGUUAAGAAACAUUAAAUGGAGUCCAAUUUCAAAGUUAU